GAUGACUAUAGAGACGGUCAAGGCAUCAAAUCAUAAACACAGAUUUCUCGCGAAUCAAAGCCGUUUCCCGUGAACGAACCUAAACACAAGAUCGAACACAAACUCUUUCACAUUCUAUGUCCUGAGAGUAAACGAUCUCUCUUUUCCCCCCUUCACUUCUCAUCCUCAAUUAUUAAUUAUUAUUAGCAUAAUAAGAAGUAGAAAGGGGAAAAAUGCAUCGAUCGGCGAGCUGGAACCGGGUGACCGACGAUUAUUUCAUUCACUCGUCGCCAAAGGCAGCGACGGGGUUGAGAAUGACAUCUUCAAUGGACGAAAAUGAAUUACCAGCUUAUGAUCCACUGAUGGAAAACGUGAAAAAGGACAAGUCACGUAUUAAAUUUGCAGAGAAUGCUAUUCAUGUCAUUCCAUUCGUGUUGCUUUUGUGUGCCUUUGUUUUAUGGUUCUUCUCUAAUCCAGAUGUGGAGGUGGGAAUUAAAUCCGAUUCGAUAACAGCCAGAAUUGAAGGAUUGAGAAUUGAAGGAGAUAUCGAUACUGAUAGUGAUGGUAUUCAAACGGGAUUUUUACCGAUUGAUUUGGGAGAUAUGGACGCCCCCAAACAAACGAGAGAUCAUGAAAAAGUUACAGAAAAUUGGCGAAUUAAAUCUUGAUAAUCGUACUUUUUUACAGAAGAAAUGAUGAUUUCUUGUGUGCUUUUGAUUCAGAAACUUGUUGCCUUUCCAUUUUUCAUUAGCAGCUCAUCUUUGAUUAAUUAUGAAGGUAGAUUACACUUGUGUGGAAAUUUGUACUGGAUUGGUUGAAAGCUCGUGUUUUUAACAUUUUCGUUUUUUUUUUUAAA